UGAUUUCAAAUCAGGUUUCGUGGAUUUGUGAACAUACGUAUAAUGGCGUUGAGACUUUUGUGUCUUCUUAGCUUUCUGGCGUUUUCUCAUGCUGGAGUUCUUCCAUUCUUUGAUCCCAGGAUCGUAAAUGGAGAAGACGCUAAAUUAGGUGAAAUCCCAUAUCAGAUAUCUCUUCAAACAUAUUCUUCCUUCCAUUUUUGUGGUGGCUCAAUCUUAAAAGAAUACUAUGUUAUUACGGCAGCUCACUGCGUUGAAGGCAAAGACCCUGAUGACAUAAAAGUUGUUGCUGAUACUAUCGACUUAAAUAAAGCAAAAGCGCAGCACGAAGUCAAAAAAAUUAUUGUGCACGAGGGAUACGAUUCAUCUAAUUCCUGGAUUAACGAUAUUGCUUUACUAAAGGUAAAAAAUCCCUUCAGAAUAUCUGCCACCGUGUCAUACGUGCCUCUACCGCCAAAAGAUUUCGUGGUUAAAGGCAAUGAUAUUGCUGUUGUGUCGGGAUGGGGAGAUAUCAGGCAAGGAGGACCAAGCACUAACAAGCUACAACGAGUCAACAUUUUAAUUGUUGAUCGAAAAUAUUGUAGAUAUAUAUACAAUAAUGUAGGAUAUGAAGUUCAUUCUACACAAGUUUGCGCGCAUGAUCCGAGCGUUGAGAAAGGAUCUUGCCAUGGUGAUUCUGGUGGCCCAUUGACUGUCGGUGGAAAACUCGUUGGAUUGGUAUCCUGGGCAAUGGGUUGCGCUCGCACCGAUUAUCCCACCGUCUACACGAAUGUCGUCUCUUAUCUGGAUUGGAUUGAAGAUAACGCGAUCUAAACUAAUCUCAUUCGUUUUCAAUUAUAAUUCGUACUCUGUAUAAUUUUUUAAUUAAUGAUUCUUAAAUCCAUAGAAAAAAAAAUGUUUUCUUGAUGUAAAAAAUGUAUGAUUAUAAAUGAUAAUUUUGAAAAAUAAGAUUGUACAUAGUAAAUUGUA